ACACGGCAGAGGAGAAACAGUUUAUGACAGGGCGGACCAGAAGUAGGAAAUAGCUUUCUUUUCCCUUUUAUCCCAUCCUGGCUAUAAGCCUAUUUGUUGAUGCCACCUGCAUCCAGGUUGGGUGUUCCCAUUAACCAAUCAGGUGGACUAAUCCAGUAUCACACCCAUAAUCCAGUAUCACACGCCCAUGAUCCAGCCGCCUCCCAGAAGCCACAUCUGUGAGUGCAAGAUGCUUUGGGGGGACAUCUAGAUACAAACCACAACAGAGGAGGGAGAGGGCGGCAAGCUCAGGUGGACAUCCAUGCUGCCUGUGGUACUGGCCAUACUGGCAUUGCCAGUGGACGAUGCUGCCAUGGUCUCAAGCAAAGGCCUCACCCUCCAGCUUCCACUCACGGGAGCCCACCUAGAGUAAGGAAGGGGACCGGGGAGUCGCCCAGCCAUCGCCCUGGCUCUGACCUGCAGGCAGGCCUUGGAGGGGUCAUCUGGGGCGAGUAUGGUCUCUGCCUAGAGGAGCAGGCUCAAGGUGGCUGGGGGCCUCCCACGUGAGGCAGCAGUCCCAGGAGGCGUGGCCUGCACCUUGGGCCCUCUGCGAGCCCUGGCAAUCCGAGAGGGGAGGCUGCUGGCCUAUGUGCUUGGAUGCUACCUGGGGCGUCGUUUGGACUGUUCUUUUCUCCUUUCUCAUGUUGCUCCAUGGUAGUGCAGCGAGACUGAGCUGUGGGGUGACACCGGGCGGGGACUGCAGUCCUACCUGCGGGGCAUCUGCUGCAGGAGCAUUGCCAGCCCAGCUUUGUGGCUGGCCGGCUCCUCCUGCAGCCCCGGCCCCCUGCAGACUGCAGAUGCGCAGGCGGCUUGGCCUUCUUCAGGGAAGGGCAGAGCUCAGCUGAGGCUCUGGCUCUAGUAAGGCAGCUCUGCCGGCUGCACGCUGGCCUCCUUUUUGGCUUUUGUCUGCUUUUGUUUGGAAUGGCUGGAGGACAGGAUGCCACAGAUGGAGACAAGGCUGCGUGGAGGGGACUCGGCAGAGCGUUCAGGGAAGAAAGUACCGGGGUCAGCUGGGAACAGUGAAUGGUCUCUGGGGUUCCGUCCAUCCUGCCUGUCAGCCUUCUUAGCAGCAGCAGUCUAGAGAGCUUUUCCUGCAUUUGUGAGCAUGAGGUUUUAACUCUUUUAUGGGGGAUAAACGCCCAGGCCCGGAGGCUGCAGCGGAUCCGUGCCAAGGGAACCCCGGGCCUGGUCCCAGGGGCUGCUGGCAGCUCCCCUCCACCCCGACUGCGUCGCACAGUCAGCGAAACCAGCCUGAGCCCGUCCGCCGCCCUGCCCGAGGCUGCCCAGGGCCCUGAAGAGCCGGCCCGGGACGCCAUGCGCUGCUCCCUGUUCCAGGCCCCGCACCUGCUGCUCCUGCAGGGCUACAGCCAGCAACAUGACAGCCUAGUGUACGUGCUCAACCGGGAGCGGCACACAGUGGGCCAGCGCACGCCCUCCAGCAAGCCAAGCAUCAGCCUGGCAGCCCCUGACAUCCUGCCCCUGCACUGUACCAUCCGCCGGUGCCCGGCCCCAGACGGCAGCCCUGAGGCGGCCAGGCUGGUGCUGGAGCCCAUCGCUGGGGCGCCUGUGGCCGUCAACUUCUCCACAGUGGGCCGGGGUGCUGUGGUGCUUCGGCACGGUGACCUGCUCUCCCUGGGCCUCUACUACCUGCUGCUCUUCAAGGACCCUGCACAGACCCAGCUGCUGCCCACCGGGGCCCUAGCCCACCUGCGGCCACCACAGAGCUGCAGGACAUGUGGUGCUGCGCUCCGGGCCCGCGGUGCCGCCUCCUGCUCGCUGGCUGCUCUUCCCAGGCGGCGGCAGCUGCUCCUGGAGUUUGAGCCUGAUGUGGAGGACGCACUGCUGCAGAGGAUCAUGACGCUGAUUGAGCCAGGGGGUGAUGACUACAAGCUGACGCCCGCUUUCCUCCUCUGCCUCUGCAUCCAGCACUCAGCCACGCACUUCGAGCCCGGCACCUUCGGGCGGCUGCUGCUCAAGAUUGCCAGGAAGAUCCGCGACACAGUUUGGGAGAAAACCAAAGAACUAGCGGAGAAGCAGGCCCAACUCCAGGAACCCAUCUCCUGGGCCAGCUUCACCAUGGCUGACCUAGUUCCAGAUCUGCAGCACAUUCUUUUCUGGAUGUCUAACUCCAUCGAGCUCCUGUACUUUAUCCAGCAGAAAUGCCCACUCUACAUGCAGAGCAUGGAAGAGGAGCUGGAUGUCACAGGCUCCAAGGAGUCGCUGUUCUCCUGCACACUGACGGCCAGCGAGGAGGCCAUGGCAGCGCUGGAGGAGGUGGUGCUCUACGCCUUCCAGCAGUGUGUGUACUACCUCUCCAAGUGCCUGUACGUCUGCCUCCCUGCCCUCCUGGAGUGCCCCCCAUUCCAGACGGAGCGCCGGGAGAGCUGGCAUGGGAGCCCUGCGCUGCCCGAGGAACUGCGCCGCGUCGUGGCCGUGUACCAGGCUGCCCUGGAUCUCCUGCGACAGCUUCGGGUGCACCCUGAGGUGGCCUCCCAGAUGCUCGCUUACCUCUUCUUCUUCUCAGGCACGCUGCUGCUCAACCAGCUCCUGGACAGGGGCCCCUCCCUGAGUUGCUUCCACUGGCCCAGAGGUGUCCAGGCCUGCAGCCGCCUGCAGCAGCUCCUGGAGUGGGCGAGGAGCGUCGGCCUGGGGGCGGCCGGGGAGCGCUUCUUCCGGAAGCUGUCCUGCACCCUGCACCUGCUGGCCACCCCCAGCGCCCAGCUUGUCCAGAUGAGCUGGGCCACCCUGCGGGCCACAUUCCCCGCCCUGAGCCCAGCACAGCUGCACCGGCUGCUGACCCAGUACCAGCUGGCCUCGGCCAUGGGCCCCAUGAGCGCUUGGGAGCCCGGAGCCCAGGACUGCCCCGAUGCCUUCCAGUCAGAGCACGUCCUGGAGUCCUACGAAAAGCCCCCGCCCAUCGUCCUGCCCAGUGAGGGCUUCCAGGUGGACCUGGAGGCCGACUGCCCAGAUGACGGAGUCUACCAGCACCUGCUGUAUAUCCGCCACUUCCUGUGGGGCCUGCGUGGCCCAGCCAGUCCUGGCCGCGGGCCCACCCAGCUGGCCAACCUUGAGGGCCUGUAUCACACCAUCCCUGAGGGGCACCUGGAGGGCCAGGGCUGCUCCCUCGCUACCAGGGACCCCAGCGGAGGAGUCCUUGAAACCGCCUCUGCACACUCUGUUCCUGGUGCCGGGGCUCCUGGGGCACAAGAUCCCCCAGGGGGAUGGCAGCCUGGCCGAGGGGGCCACAGGAACUCCCAGGCUGGCCUCGUGCACACUGACUCCUCCUGCCUUCUCACACCUCCGGGAACCCCGCUAGGCCUCGAGCCUGGGGGCCCUAGCUGGCCUGAGCCUGGCGGCCCCUGUGGGAAGAUGCUUCCGGAAGGGCAAAGGAAUGGGCUGGCUCCCGGGGGUGCAGCUCUAGAAGGAGACACAGUGGCCCCCGUGGACGAGUCUCCUCUGGACCCCUCAAGUGGCAGCUCCAGCACUGAGGACUUCUGCUACGUCUUCUCUGUGGAGCUGGAGAGAGGCCCCUUGGGGCUGGGCAUGGGCCUCAUCGACGGCAUGCACACGGCCCUGGGUGCGCCGGGGCUCUACAUCCAGACCCUGCUCCCAGGCAGCCCUGCAGCAGCUGAUGGGCGACUGUCACUGGGAGACCGGAUCCUGGAGGCAAACGGCACCAGCCUGAUGGGUGUGAGCUACAUGAGAGCUGUGGACCUGAUCCGACACGGGGGCAAGAAGAUGCGGUUUUUGGUUGCCAAGUCUGAUGUGGAAACAGCCAAGAAAAUCCGCUACCGCACGCCCCCACCGUAGGUGGGGCUCAGGACCCCACCCCCAGCACCUUGCUCCGCCAGGCGCCCCCCAGUUCUUUCAAGCUGUCCAUCACCGAGUUUCAAAUCGCCAGUGAGUUCCUGUGUGGCGGCCUCACUAGGACACGCCUGUCCUUCUUGUACAUCUCAUUGUAUAUUUUAUUUAUAUGACAGAGGACACUAAGUGGUAAUGUUUCUUACAGAGUUUUUAUGUGUAAAGACUUUAACAGAGAAGUAUAGAUUCAAUAAACGAUCUUUCCUAUCC